CAGCGCGAACGGCGACUGACGAUUUCGUCCGCGGUGAUAGACCCACGGCCGCUCCACCAUCAGCACCACCACCAGAGCCAUCAGCACCACCACCAGAGCCAUUAGCACCACGACCACCAUCAUCCCUCACGUCACUAACACGACUAUCGCCACCGCGGACAUCACCACCACCACCAGAACUAUCAUCAUUAUCACCACGACCAUCACCACCACCACCACCACCACCACGGACAUCACCACAACCAUCAUCAGUCAACCGCGGCGAGUCAACCAUCAGGGCCCCAUCGCCAGCGUCCACACCGCGACUCGCCUCACUGCCCUCGCCGCGUCGCCCAUCACCACAAACAUCGCCCAUCACCACAAACAUCGCCCAUCACCACAAACAUCGCCCAUCACCACAAACAUCGCCCAUCACCACAAACAUCGCCCAUCACCACAAACACCGCCCACGCCGUCGCUGUGAUCGGCGCGCUGCGAUCGUCGCCAGCGUCACGACCACGCAGCCUCCUCGUCCACCACCAUCAGAGUCUCCACCAGCACCACCAGCACCACCAUCAUCAUCACCGGUGUCUCCACCAGCACCACAAACACGACCAGUUGCCAUAAACUAGUCUACAUUCACAUUACCAGCUUCCGAAGCACCACCACCAUGGCCACUAUUGCCAGGGGUUAACACGAGACCCUCCAUCUACACCACCACCAUCAUCAUCAGUGUCUUCAUCAUCACACCGCUAGUAUCAACAGUUCCAUCAACACCACCAUCACCACAUCGGUGUUAUUACUACCAUCAGUGUCGCAUCACCAUCACAGCCUCCACCACCUCCCAUCACCAUCACCACCUCCCAUCACCACCUCCCAUCAUCACCAUCACCACCUCCCAUCACCACCACCACUUCCCAUCACCACCUCCCAUCACCAUCACCACCUCCCAUCACCACCACCGCCUCCCAUCACCACCUCCCAUCACCAUCACCACCUCCCUACACCACCUCCCAUCACCACCACCACCCCUUCGCAUCACCAUCACCACCUCCCAUCACUACCUCCCAUCAUCACCAUCACCACCUCCCUGGUCACGGAGCGAGUGAGUGGAGGGCGCCACGAUGGACACGCGGAGUCUCGCGCUGCUGCUGAUGAUGAUGAUGACGACUAAGACGGGACUGCUGCUGAUGAUGAUGAUAGCCCCUGGGCGGGCCAUUGACAGCGCGCACCUGGUGGAGGUGUGCGGCCGCUCGCUGACCGCCGAGGGGCUGGUGCUGAGCUCGCACCGCGAGUCGCGCCGCUUCUACUUCGUGGGCGCCGACACCGACUGCUGGCUGAGCGUGCGGGCGGCCGGGCCCGACCAGCGCCUCAUCUUCCAGUUCCGAUUCUUCCUCGUCUACAGCCUCCUCCGCGUGACCCCGGCGCCCGGGGCGAGCCUCUCGCCGCCGCCGCCGCCCAACGCCCCGGCGCUCGACGCCCCGCACGCCCCCGGAGCCUCGGAGGACCCCUGCCACGCCGGCUCCUACCUGCAGUUCUACGACGGCGUCGGCCGGGGCGCCCCGUCGCUGGGCCCCCCGCUGUGCGGCAAGAGCAUCCCGGAGGCCGUGGUGUCGCACGGCCGGGCGCUCACGCUGAGGCUCGUGACGCGCGGCAAGCUGCCCCGCGUCGACUUCGUGGGCGACUUCUCGGCCUUCACGCUCGAGUCGAACGGCAGCAGCGGCGCCACGUGCGGGCCCGACCCGUGCACGAGCCGCUACUUCCGCUGCCGCAACGCGCGCUGCGUCCCCUGGAGCCUCGUGUGCGACGCGCGCGGCCUCGACAACUGCGGCGACGAGUCGGACGAGACGCACAUCCUGCCGCCCGCGUGCGCCGGGUGGCUGCCCACAGCGGGGCCUGACGGGGCCGCCCCCAACGCCUCCCUGAGGGCCCCGGGGCCCUUCCCCACCCCGGCAUGCGGGGUGCUGUUCCGACCCAGCCGGGAGCCUCGCGAGCCCCCAGGAAACCUCGCGACCCAGCCAGGCUCCGUGGCGGUGGCCGUGCCGGGCGCCGCGCUCACUCCGGACGGGGGCCCGGCUCGUCCCCCUCUUCCUCCGGGCGGUGGCCCCGAGCCACCUCGCCCGGCCCGCGGCUCCGUGGUGGGGCCCGGCGUGGCGGCGGCUCUCCUCUCCGCGCUGCUGCUGGGGCUGGCGCUGUGGUGCUGCUGCUGCGCGUGCCCCGGGUGGUGCGCCUGGCGGCUGGGCGCGUGCGCCCCGCUCGUGCCCGCCUGCUGCGCCCGCAAGGCGGCGGGCCGGCGCGUCAAUCCUGGCGGCGGCGGCGGCGGCGGCGGUGCUGACAACGACACACGCCCCGCCCUGCCUUAAGGCCCGACCAAGGGGCCCUGCGUUCUCGCCGAGAAGUAAUUUCGGGGUCGCCACGUAGACUGCAGUAGGAUGGCACGUGACUAGGUAGCCCGCAUACCCGUAGCGAGGCGUAAUCCAGGAUGUGGUGUGCCGGGUGUGGAAAUAUCGUCCCCGGCCGCUGGUAGUCUGGAGUAGGGUGGCACGUGGCUAGUAGAAGCAUACUGUAGCUGAGAGGUAAAAGUGCAUGUCGCGUGCCAGGCGCGGAAAUAUUUACCGGGCAUCGCCGACUCGCGUGGAACAUGGCUGACAAAAUUACACGGUGGACCUGACGCCUGUACUGGGAGGGACAAUUGAUCGGAGGGGCUGGGGGAGGGCAUUUAAUUCCUUGCCCCAGGGCCAAUGGCAACCACAGUUGACACCCGUUACAGACACGGAAGGCGUACUACACAAAUAACCUUCACCCGCCACGGCCGUGACGAGUCGGGGAACGAAGGCGGUUCUCGGGCUCACCACACGAGACGCGUCGUGCGCCCAAGACUCGAAUGUUUGCGAUUGACGCCGAUGUCGUGCAGUGGAUGUUUAGGCUGAAAUAAAAUAUAGCAAAGCGACGCGGACAAGGGAGGCGGAAAAUCCAAAGGAGGCUUCACAGUUCUCACGUUCAGUUUAACACGUAGUAGCAGUAGGCUUUCGCGAGCAAUAUCAUCCAGGUUUUUUUUGGGUUAGAUCGCGUAAAUAUAUAAAUGUGUCAUUAAACCCGCCACCACCCAACACAGCCAACUAGUAAGGUUUGUCACGUUAACAAAACGUGGCCAAUUCGUUACUAGCACAGCACACCGGCGUGUUGGAGAGCCGAGCGGCAACAUUUACAAUCACGUGAAGCUUGCUGUCCACCGGUGGCCACCGCCAUGGUCCGCGGUGGACAUUCCGUCUCCCCGGGCAGACAUUCUACAGUGACGAACGGCAGGUGCAAGCCAAACUAUAUCACGUGAGCCUGGACACACACACAACGCACAACCAACGCAGUGACUUUACGGAGCAAAACAAGCAAAACCCGGGGGAACGUGAAACAGCCUCACCGGGAACUGCGCAACAAACACUCAAACCGGAGCCAUCCGGGCCCCAAUGGUUUCUUGAAACGACAAGACGAACAACCCCACACGUUUUGGAGUGGAACGAAAGGAGGGAGCGUGCCCUGGUGGCGGACACCGGUGAACACCAGGCUGAGCGUGACCACGAAGUCCGAGCUUGUUUGACCCGGUGGCCACAGUCCGAUUCCUCUGUGAUGAGGAGAUGGACGUAUAGCCGAAUCCCCAAGGAAAGUAGGAGGGCCAAAGACGUGCCUCUGAAUGAGAAACGAGCAACAGGGAGUGGUUUAACUGCGACGCGGCCGCUGAGAGGACCGCUGUCCUCCCACAGAGGCUCUCUCCGGGGCCACGCAGGGGUGUCGAGAAGCCAUCAAUGUCCCCAAGCCCUGCUGCCGGCCCAUCAGGUGGCUACUGCACGGGCAGAAGUUUGAAGGGGUUAAACCGGGGACGGCGGGUACCGUCCCAGCGACGGCGUAAGCCUCCCUGCACGCACUCCCGAGCCCCCCC